CGUGAAUCGAACACGCAACCUUGUGAUCUGGAGUCAGACGCGCUACCAUUGCGCCACGGAUCCUUUCCUGCUUCCUUGCUUAGGCGAAUUUUUUGACAGCUUUAGACAUUAAUCUUUUUUUAAGAGGAAGAAAGAAAGUAACAAUAAUAAUCAAAAUCAGCGAGGCGGUUGCUUUACGAGUUUACUUUACCUAGUGGCUGGAGCUUCACGAAGAGGGAGUAAUGUAAUGGAAUGGAACUUUGAUAUUGAAGCAGAAAUUGGCCGCCAUUGAUUUAUUCACUGAGUUCAGAGAGGUUAGAGCACAUCACAUCUCAUAUCAUGGCUUCAAUUUGGACACUGCAGUUUCGGACUCUUUCUGUUCCCCCCUCCAUCGUCAUCUGUAGGAGCAGCAACAACAGUCAUGGCAGUGGCGGUGGCAGUGGUGUUCGUAUAAUUAGGAACGGAAUCUCCAAAUGGUGCUCCCUAAUCACCACUCGCAGCAACCAGCUCAGACAAGACUCCGUUAAUUCCGUUGCAAAAUUCCACAAUCACCUCUUUACUUCCAUCCUCAAUCCUCCGCCUCCUCCUCUUUCCUUUCUGGUUAAUGGAGACGGUGGAAUGAAGUAUCCGAUUUGGAUGUGCGUUGUGGCUCUUGUUUUGUUUUUGGGAGUGAGAGCAUUUGCAGAGAGAGUAUUCUCCCAAAGAAACCACCGCCCUGGCUCCGUAGCUGAUCUUGUCAGGCGUGGCCAACUCAGAUCCGAUAGAAGAGGCAUUUCUAGGCCUCUUAAGUAUGAAGACCCGUUCAAUAAUCCAAUGGUCAAGGUUGGUAAAAGCAACUCGACUGUUGAAAUGUGUGGCAAGGUUUAUCGUUUAGCACCUGUUACACUCACCGAAGAGCAACAAGCCAUCCACCAGAGAAGGAGAUCACGCGCAUACCAGUGGAAGCGACCAACCAUGUUCCUUAGGGAAGGAGACACUGUUCCUCCAGAUGCUGAUCCUGAUACAAUCAGGUGGAUUCCUGCAAAUCAUCCCUUUGCAACCACAGCCACUGAUCUUGACGAGGACCUAGCCCAAAACAAUGUGUAUCAAAAGCAUGGAGUUCCUUUCCGUAUUCAGGCUGAGCAUGAAGCGCUGCAAAGAAAGCUUGAAGCUCUACAAAAUGAGCAAAAACUAAAGAAAGUAGUAAUAGAUCCCGCCACUGCUAGAGAAUUUGAGAGGCCAUUCAACUCCCAUGCAGAGAAGAGCUCUGUAAACAAUCAAGUGCCUGAGUCCAAGCCCUCCAAAUCAGAUAUUGGCUUAAAUAGUUUGGAAGGUAAAUCAUCUUCCCAAGAAGAUUAGAGUCUUUAAAUGAUGGACACAGCUUCUGCUUACAUUGUUUUCCGAGUUAAAUUUUCUCUCUGGCGGGCUAUGAAUCUCCAUGACAACAUAUAUGGGAAGUGGCCAAAAUUUUUGCACUAUUCAAAUAUUCAUCGAGGUACUUUGUGACUGUGAAUUUGUAAAGAUGAGCACUGUAAAUAUUAAUUUAAUUGCUGCACAUUGUCGAGCUAUGCUGUUGCUGUUUCACCUUUUACGUCAGAUAAUUGUGAGAGACUAAGGGGGAAAGACCAUUUUUACAGUGUUGUCGUCGUAUAUCUUGAUGCGUACACACCCGAGAGGAAAAACUAGAAAGAAUGAGAACAUGUGUAACAUUGAGUGUUUUUAAUGCGAAUUCUCGUGCCUAGUAACUUGGCUUUGCAUUAAAAUUGUCGCUGUUUGUAACAUAUUUAAGAAUAA